AAAUAAUUAAUGAAAUGUUUUUUCUCCCUUCUCUCCUCCAAAUAAUCAGAACUAGCUUUAAAAUGUUCAGAGUGCAAUUGGAUAUAAUUUUGAAUAGAUCUAGUACCCAACUAAUUUGCAGAUUUGAGUAAUUAUAAGAAAAUAAAAUAAAUUUUAUAAAAACUGUUUUCAGAAUCAUACUCUUAUUGUCAGAAAAUUGGAAUUAAAAUAUGGAAGAAUCAAUUGUGUGUCCAAUUUGUGGUAUCUUCCUCCAAGAGCCGUAUAUACGAUGUGUGGAAUGUCAUCACUCUUUUUGUCUUCAAUGUUUUGCUAAAGGACGUGAAUAUGAAAAUCACAAGAAUAAUCAUUCAUAUACUGUAAUGAGGAACAAUUUUACUCUUCUGGAUUCUGAUUGGUUGGCAUAUGAAGAAAUUAAAUUACUGAAUGCUGUUGCGGAUCAUGGAAUUGGAAACUGGUCAGAAAUUGCAAAGGAUGUUGGUACCAGAAAUAAAAUAGAAUGUGAAGAACACUAUCUUCAGCAUUACAUUUAUAAUCCUGUUUCUCCAUUACCAGAAAUUCAACUUGAAGAGCCAUCUGGUGAAAUUUAUCAUCCAACACCUGUAGCAUGUACAAAUUUUUCUCAAGAUCCUCCUCGACCAGUUGUGGGAUCCACAAUGUAUCAAGAAAUGGCAGGUUAUAUGCCAUCUCGUGGAGACUUUUCAUAUGAGCAUGAUGACUUUGCAGAACUGGAUAUUAAAGAAUUAGCUUUUGAAGAUGAUGAUCCAUUAUGGAAUGAUUUGCAAAUGGCUGUAUUAGAUAUUUACCAAUCUCGCUUGAAAGAGAGAUGUCGUCGAAAGUGGUUAAUAAAGGAAUAUGGAUUACUCAAUACGAAACGCAAUCUUGAAGACUCAAAGAGAUAUGCAAUUCUUGGAAGUACCUUUUUAGAUACCAUGAAACCACUGAUACAUUUAUUUAAACCUCAUAAAUUUUACAAAUUUAUGGAAGGGAUUCUUUGGGAGCAUAAAGCAAAACAAAGAAUUCAGCUGCUACAAGAAUGCCGAUCUGCUGGCAUAACUCGUUCUCAUAGCAUAUCUACUUAUUUGAGAUUAAAAAGGAAACAAGACGAAAAUAAAAGAAGAAAUAAACGAACUGCUUUAGAUGAAGUAUUGAGCCGGAUCAAGGAUGAAGGCUCUUGUCAUAGUUUGAUUCGGAAACAAGUUUUAAAGGAUGGACCUAUAGAAGGGGGACCAGGUCGGCGACCUGCUCCUCCUCUGAAUAUUGCUACUAUGCUUGGGUUUGAUAAGCUUACAAGUAAAGAAAGAGAUCUCUGCUCAAGUUUGAGGAUAAUACCAUCAUCUUUUCUUCAAUAUAAAUCUACGCUUAUAAACGAAUAUCGUAAACUUGGGAGCCUACGUCUUGCUAAUGCUAGAAGUGUUAUUAAGAUAGAUGUCAACAAAACACGUAAAAUUUAUGACCUGCUGUUGGAGGAAGGUCUUAUUUCAAAGUCUUGAUUUUCUUUGCAGUGUAAUGUAAAUUUUGUAUUUAUGUAUUUAUUUAAAUAAAUAAA